AUGUGGUGUAAACAUUUCUUCAAAAUUUCUCAAUGGUCUUCACGAAAUGGUUUGAGAAAUUAUCAUAUUAUAAACCACCGUUCGUUCCAAGAAAUUAAAGAAACUGGGACUAAUAGUUCGCAUAUUAUGAAAUCACCAAGGAUCCUUAUUACAGGUGGUCUCGGGCAACUUGGAACGGAAUGUGCAAAGCUACUUCGUAAAAAUUAUGGGAACGAGAACGUGAUAUUAUCUGACAUAAUCAAGCCGACAGAAGAAAGUUUAUCAAACGGACCCUUUAUUUUCGCCGAUAUUCUUGAUUUUAAGGGGCUGCAGAAAAUCGUAGUAAAUUACAGAAUUGAUUGGCUGAUUCACUUUAGUGCUCUCCUUAGCGCUGUAGGCGAACAAAAUGUUCCCCUGGCUGUGCGAGUCAACAUAGAAGGUAUGCAUAAUGUUAUUGAACUGGCAAAGCAGUAUAAAUUAAGGAUAUUUAUUCCAUCGACAAUUGGAGCAUUUGGUCCAGAUUCACCACGGAAUCCUACCCCAAAUAUAACUAUUCAACGCCCACGAACGAUUUAUGGCGUUAGUAAGGUUCACGCUGAAUUAUUAGGUGAAUAUUAUCACCAUAGAUUCGGUCUUGAUUUCCGAUGUCUUCGAUUUCCGGGUGUCAUCAGCAGUGACCCACCAGGUGGUGGUACCACAGAUUAUGCAGUUGCAGUUUUUCAUGAAGGUUUACUUACUAAAAGAUACGAAUGCUAUUUAGAGCCGUACACACGAUUACCAAUGAUGUACAUAGAGGAUUGUCUAUCAGCACUUUUCCAGUUUCUAAACGCUCCAAACGAACAAUUACAAAGAAGAGUAUAUAAUGUAACUGCCAUGAGUUUCACACCCGAAGAAUUAUUUAGUGAAUUUAGAAAACACGUUCCCGACUUACAAAUUUCAUAUAAACCAGAUGCAAGACAAUAUAUUGCUGAAGGUUGGCCACAAGUUUUUGAUGAUAGUGAGGCGCGCCGAGAUUGGGGUUGGCAACACAAGUACAACUUAGAAAAACUUGUAGAAUCAAUGGUACGCGACGUAAAGAAAAAUUUGCCAAACAAAAGAUCAUUAAAAGAGGUCAACAGUUAUAUAUAA